AUGUCGUCCCAGGAAAUCAGCACAUUGGAGCCUGUGCCAUUCCAAUUUACCCAGCCAGAUUUGGAAGCAAGUACCCGGAACACCUCACCUACAUGCGACAAAGCGGAACCGACACGCAAGUUUGUCUGGCCAAGGGCGAGAAAGUUCUGCGGACUCCCCAAGAAAAUAUUCAUUAUUCUCACUACUAUCACAACCCUUCUGAUAUUGGGCGCUAUUGUAGGGGGGGCUGUGGGUGGAACGCGUGGGGAGAAGAAAAUGCAGAUACCGACACUUCCUCUUCCUGUACAGACGAAUACAACUUCAUUAUUUCACAACUCGUCACUAGCAGCUGUGUCCUGGGCUGAUAGCUAUGGAGCCCUACACCGCGCUGUAUUCUAUCAGAACACUCACAGUGAUAUCUAUAUGUCAUCAUGGGAUGCAAAGAAGCAGACGUGGAAAGUCUCACAAGUCAUCGAUAGGAGGUUCAGAUUACCCCCAGCGACGGGUACAUCUAUAGCAGCCAGCGUCAACCCAAGCACAGAUAACUUUCGACUUACAGUUUAUUACUAUUCGGCCAUAUUUACUGUCAUGGAGCUAUACACGGAAGCUACUGAGGAUAGCUGGGAAAUGGGUUCGUUAUCAGUGAAUGCACCCAUGGGGCUCGUGGACUCCAAACUUGCCGUAGCGUAUCAGUAUUGCACUUCUUCUCGUUGCGCCAAUAGUACCGUUAUCGUAUAUCAACUCAUGGAAGGUACUUUACAAUCGGCUACAAAACUCCCUUCGGCACAAGGAUGGAAUUACACGCUUUUUAACGAUAGAGUUAGUAGAGGCACCGGCAUAGCAUUGCUGCCUUUUCCCAAGACCAACCGCACCGAAUGGGACACUUUGAAGUUUUUCGCAGAAAAAAACGGCGCAAUGCAAGAAUAUACUAAAUUUGAGGUAUCAGAGGAUUGGACCAUCGGUAAGCCCGGCCAGACAGACUCAAGACAUGACACUGACAAUGAGGAAUAGGUCCAGCAGAUAACUUCCCAAAUUUCUCUUUGGCGAGUCCCGCCAAGAUUGCUGCAACAGCAUUACCCAUAGAGAGCCCCAAUGAAUCCUGGCAGUCUUUUGUAGUAUCACUCGACCAUCAGAGAAAGUUGCAGUGUAUGUUGGGUUUGAGAGCUUCAAAAAUGGGGGAGCCAAGGACCCCAGUUUUGAGUAGAGCUUUUGGUGAGUUUGACGAUGUUGCUUUAGAUAGGAAUCAGCACUUCUACGGAAUCUCGGGUGGCAAGAUUUAUGAGUAUGAGAUUUCUUUACAGAAUCCAUGGAGUUGGAAUUUUCUGAGUGUUGUUGAUACCACGACAGGUGAACAAAAUUAA